UUCUGUUGAUGGGGCUCAGCGGGACGUGUACACUCCGUUCGCAUUAUCACAGCGGUAGAGGAGAACUGUGGAUACGACAGCACGGACUCAGCUCAGGAGUGUUUGGCGAGUCAACCCAAACGUCUGGUGAUAGAAUGGUCUCCCCUCUCUCGUUUUGUAAAAGUGAAGAGUGGAGAGCCGGGAUUGUUUAGGGAGGCCCUCGCGUGGAACAGACGUACGAACCCAUCCAGCGGCCUACCAAGUCUGCGCGGGGACUGGCCCGCACGAGCUUAAAAGCUUCUGCUUCGACUCGUUGGGGUUGUAGUUUUAUUUUGAGUGCCCGAUGAGGCAUAAAUGCAAGCGUUAGACCGACACCCGUGGUAAGUGCAGUUUUGCUGCAGAUCGUGCGUCCACGGCCUAUAUGGGCAGUUCGUGUGCUCCAUGUUAAAUCGAGCAGAACCCUUUGCUCUUAUGAGGUAUAUUUCUCCCAGUUCAGCUAGAACUUUUCUCAAGUGAAAAACUAAUACAAGUGCAGACACUGGGCAUCCUCUGGGAAGUCCUUGAAAUCAUCGAUCGUAUAACCAGUUUGUAAUCCGGAUACGGAAUGCACUUUUUGAGCUGAGAACGUUCGAUACAAAAGGGAGGAGUGUUUAAGUACUACUGUCAAUGAGUGACUUGUCUCCAGUACUAGCCGGAGCAUCUUUAGACUCUAGUCUCGUCAAAUGACCUGUGAUCUAUCGACCUCUCAACGUGUUUUAUGCCUCCUUAAUAUCAACAGCCCUAUACGUUCAACUACCGAUCAGAUUCCAAAGGCACUUCGUCGGGGGACGUCCUUUGCAGUGUUAAGGAUCAAUCGCUGCUGCUGAACUUGACGCCGGAAGGGCACGAGAGAAACGCACGUGUAAAUGGAGGUCCUUUGUGAAGAGCAGCGUUAGAGACGUUGGAGUGCGAGUGGUCAAACGGUUAUUGUUGCUCAGCCGAAUGGAGAGUUUUGUAUUGCUUUGUGCGCCUCACUAGGAACAUCAGAGCACCAACCGAUUGCACUAUGGCGAACCUGACGGGAGCUCUUAACCUAUCGUCGACGGGUGCCAUGGUAACAAGUUGGAGCCCCUACGUCACAGACGCGCAGGCCGAUCUCCUGAACACAACCGACGACGGGAUCACAGCGCCCCCGUCCGGUAAUGUGAUCGUCGUGGAUGAAACCUACUAUCCGAUGAUCGUGUAUUCCUUCGUGGACAAGGUUCUCGUUAUUGUGGUCAUGCCUAUUAUUUUCACCAUUGGUGUACUGGGCAACAGUGCAGUCAUCAUAGCUUUCUUUCGCUAUCUCUACAUGCGAACGGUCACCAACCAUUACCUCAUCAACCUAGCCGUCGCCGACUUGACAUUCCUCCUUUUCUCCGUCCCCCAGUUCUGGGUGCAGUACCUGACCACGCCCAUAAUUGGGGACUACACUUAUCUCCCCCCGGAGUUCUGCAAGAUCAGUAUUUUUCUGACGGACAGCGCGGUGAUCGCAUCCGGCCUGAUCGUCAUCCUGGUGACAUUCGAGAGGUACAUCGCCACAUGUUGGCCCUUUCGAUUCCGCCGCUUCAGCACCAAACGGCGGACUAUCUGGCUUUGCGCCCUCGUGUGGUUCUUCUCGCUGACCUACAAAAUCCCAUCCCUGAUAUUCGCGGUGAAGACGAAGAAUACCCUUAUCUGGCAUGUGCCGCUGGAGAAUGCAUCCGAGGGGCUCCCUCAGUCGAUUGAAUACUGUGAGUACUGCCAUCCGCGCAAUUCGGUCCAGUGCGUGCGCAUCCGUAAGACCUUGACCUUUGACCAGUUACUGCUUCUCUCUGUUAUUCCAAUCACCUGCGUUCUGUACACGCUUACAAUGAUCCAACUCCAGAGGUCAGCCAAAAGUGCAUACGUCACAGUGCUUGAGGGAGCAACCUCAAAUGUCCUCAAGAAGCAAGUUGUGCGCAUGCUCAUCGUCACCAUAGUCGUGUACAUCAUUUGCAUAACGCCCUUCCGGAUUCUGAACUUGAUUAACAUCUACGACCACGUGCUCCCGCCGAAUCUCAUUUGGAUCUUCGUGAACAUCGCCCGGAUCAUGAUUUACACCAACUCUGCCGUCAAUCCGUUCAUUUAUAACAUCAUGAGCGAGAGAUAUCGGAAAGCGUUCAAGGACAUCUUCAUUUUCUGUUGGCCGUGUUGCCCAAAGAAACGCAAGAUGUGCAAUAACAAUGGCUCGGUGGAAAUUGAAAUGAAACUUUGCCGACUACCGUCGGACCGACGAUAUGUGUAAUGUCAGAUAUGCCUACGACGAUGCUCCGUGUUUAAAAUAGUGAUCUGUCUUGUCCAUGUUUGCGUUGUGGUUAAGAUUAUCAAGCUACGCUUUACUCUAGGUACUUGUCGUUCUGUAAUAGUGUCGCUAGAGGGGUCUGCUAUAUGAUGUGGCCUUUUUAGCUCUAUGAUGUGGCAUACCCGAUUAUUUUUUUUCUCAAAACCGUCGUUGUCGGCGGAAAAUAUAGCCAUGUACAAGUCACUUGGCUGCGAUGCGAAAGUUUAUAUGGCACUGGCUCCACCUAGAGCACAUUUAGUGAAGCAGUAUGCUUAGGCUGCAUCCGAAUCUGUUGUGUAGGGCUACGUCUAGGUCUUCGCUCCAAUGGAAAUGUGUGGAAAAGCGUAGACAAUAGACCUAGCCGUUGCUCUGAAAGCCCGUUCCGGACACGCCCUUACUGUCAACGAUGAAGAUUUACGGUGUAUGUCAAUGCCACCGUAGUAGGUAUUACACAUAUUAACGAGCCCUAGUGUCAGAUGAUUUCCCCGGUUGCCAUUCCACUGGACCCCAUUCGUUUGUUGCCAGCGCCCCCAUACGUCGCUUGUAUUUAUCAAGGACGUCAGGGAAUCUCUGUUUCGGGAACCUGACUGAUCCCUUUCCCAAGGAACAUUGGCAUUGCGUCUCAGCUCCAGACUCGCGAAGCGUUGUGGAUGGUUGAGGGGGCAUUUUCUUUUUAGCGCGGACAUGUCACGCGCGCACAAAAGUGUUAACCCGUGUUAUUGGUCAAAUGAAUGCUAUUCGCCAGUGAUGCCUGGAAGAAAGCCUGUCAUGCAAACUGAAAUAGCAGCCCAUCCCAGCACCUUGUAAGGGCCGUGGUAACGUCAAGUUUCUUCAGAGUACAUGACCGUGUGCGCGGAAUGUAUGCACGUGCAUCAAGUUGGUGCUGUCAGAUGAAUGUCUAUGAUCAUGACAGUGAGCUAUACCCACAAUGCUUUGCAAAGUCUGUGCUUCCUUCAUAACAUUUUGUGAGAUUACAUAGCCCUUACCAGCGUCCGUGGGUAGAGUGAUGGAGACAGGCAAAAGUUCCUAGUAGCUGUCCUAUAUUGUCCGGUGAUAUCCAGCAUAAUUGACUGCCUUUCCAAGUCCCGCUCUUAUUUUGGGAAUCUCCGGCUGUCGGCAUAUUUUAAGAGCAUAACUCCUCUAUGCCUUUUUCUCAGGCCUUUGACAUUGUAAGGACCAUUCUAGAGGUUGAAAGGGCACUUGUCUCUUGCAAGAAGAUGGUUACCUUCGUAUGUAUGGCUAAGACUAAGUCCGGAUGUAUUAGUUAUGGCUUGGGAUAACACGUGCAUCCACACUAAUGCAAACCGCUAGCUGAAUCCACUUCCUAUAAGCGAGCGUAUUACUGUCGUCCGUAGCCAAUGCGUCUGGGGACGCAGCCAUAAAUUAUAUUACAAGCGUUGCGAGAUGGUCGUUGUAGAUCGUACUCAGCCAAUCAGUUUUAUUUGUUAAUUCUAACGUGAGAAGGUGCCAGAUUUGUUUACAGUCAUAUUGCAGGGCUCAUCUCGCUCUCAAACAAUGGUUGAUCUGUUUCCCUAUUCCACGAUCUUUGUUCCUACUCACUUUCAAGUUUUUUGACAGUAAUGCAUGCCGAGAAACGGCUUUGCUGUUUCGAUUCAUGACGAUGGGUUGUUAGACUUACUGCUACCCAGUAAUUUCCAAUGAAACAAGUUUCGUAUGUACGGUGCGGCCUUGGAAUCCCACCUGGAAGGUGGAGCUUUUAAGGGCCACCCUCGAAGAUUCACCAUACAAAAAGUAUGGAACGCCAAAUGUACCAAAUAUGAUCUUACUCUGUGAAAGUAGUUUGAUCGUGUCCUCAAUCUGUAAUGUUAUGUUGUCAAACUAUUAUGUGA